GGGCCCCGCGUCCGUGAGGAGCCGCCCCUACCCCGGCCCCGGCCCCGGGCCGCACGGGAAGUGAUGUUGCCCUGACGGAAAAGGCGACUUGCAGCCCAAAAAACGGACGCGGCGCUGCCGGAGCCGCGGGGUGGCGGGGGCCGGGCAGAUGAAAAACAGCCCCUUUUGCAUGACUAUGAUAUUCAAGACAUCUGGACUGCGUGAGGAAACUCUGAGCUGAGGUACCUGUGGGAAAACUACAGAUCCCUUUGCAGUUGUUAAGCUUAGACAGAUCUGACAAGUGCCUGAUGGUGACCAGUUUAGAAAGCACUAAGGUGUCACUGAAGCCUUAGAGCAGGGUGCGGCCGAUCGCCACACUUCACCUCUGCUAGGCACGAUUGUGGUUAUUGCUUUGCUGCAGCGUGACGGCAGUGCUGGUAUGCCAGGAUUAGUGCAUGUCUUCCUUUGAGGUCCAGAUCCCUUUCCCAGUGCUUCUGCUGUAACGUGUAAUGCGACGUAUAAAAAAAACAGCUACUGAAGUUGGUUUAUAUCUGUGUAGUGCCCAGGUGUCUCCUGAAUUCUCACUAUGUCUGAUGGGGACUAUGAUUACCUCAUAAAAUUUCUAGCACUCGGUGACUCUGGAGUAGGAAAGACCAGCCUUCUUUACCAAUAUACAGAUGGCAAAUUUAAUUCCAAGUUCAUCACAACCGUGGGCAUCGACUUCCGGGAAAAGAGAGUGGUGUAUAGACCAAAUGGUCCAGAUGGCGUUGGUGGCAGAGGACAGCGGAUACAUCUUCAGCUCUGGGAUACUGCAGGGCAGGAAAGGUUUCGUAGCUUGACAACGGCUUUCUUCAGAGAUGCCAUGGGGUUUCUUCUACUCUUUGAUCUGACAAAUGAGCAAAGCUUCCUCAAUGUCAGGAACUGGAUAAGUCAGCUACAAAUGCAUGCGUAUUGUGAAAACCCUGACAUUGUAUUAUGUGGAAACAAGAGUGAUCUGGAAGACCAAAGAAUGGUGAAAGAAGAAGAGGCUAAGGAACUUGCAGAAAAAUAUGGAAUACCAUAUUUUGAAACCAGUGCAGCUAAUGGGAAUAACGUAAGCAAAGCCAUUGAUACUCUGCUUGACCUUAUCAUGAAGCGCAUGGAGCGGUGUGUGGAUAAGUCCUGGAUCCCAGAAGGGGUAGUGCGUUCCAAUGGGCACAGCUCUACAGAACAACUGAAUGAGGAGCAAGAAAAAGGCAGAUGUGGCUGUUAACUCAGUUAGAAUUAAAUUUAAUGUAUAUGCUAAAGUAUAGUACAGUUGUAGCUUAACUGUUUCACUUACAGACAAAUCACAUGGAGUAGUUAUUUAAUGAACUAUAUUAACUCUUGAUAUUAAUUUUUGGGUUUUCCUCUCAAACAACAUAGACCUUUGCUUGCAAGGUAUGCAGCUUAUUAGUCAUGGGACAGAAAUUCAUCAGUUUGGUGUAGCACUGUGUAUUUCCCAAAUUCUUUGCUUUGGAAGGAGAGAAUAGUUUUCAUUAACAAAGGUAGAAGCAUCUCUCAGUAUGGGCAGUGAGAGGAGGUAGGUUUCUGAAUUGAAGAGUAGGCAUUUAGAUUAGAUACUGUGACAACUCUUAGUUUCUACAAACAGCAAGCUUACCAACAAGAAAUACGUUCUUGAUUUUUAGUAGAACAGUUCUUGAUUCUAUUUUAACAGAAACAUUGAAUCAUUUCAUGAAUCAAUGACAAUCAUGAAGAGCAAAUCCUGUUUUCAGCAAAACCCUGCAAGUAGCUUUUCACUGUUUUUCAAACCAUCGGUAUUUAGUGGCGAUUGCCAAAAGAAAGCUAUUUUACAUGGAGUGUAAAACUUUAUAGAGAAGCAUGGGGGUGCAUACAUGGAGCACUUUAGGUAUGUCAUGAAACCGAACAUUUAAACUACAACUGUACUAUGUAAAAUAUAGCCAACACAGCCUAUGAGACCUCCUGACAUCAUCUGAAUUUCUAGAACAUGCAUAUACAUAUAUGUGUAAAUGGCAUACGUGUACGUCUGUUAUGUUUCUUUUAUAUUACCAGUCAUGUUUUAACAGGAAUGUAGGGUAGCCUAGAUGUCAGCAAAAUUUCAUCAGAACUAAUGCUUUGUGCUGAAUUUGUUUUACCAAACACAGAUUUGGAAUAUUUCUUCACAUUUGGAUUUAAAAAUGAAUAAUGAUUCUCCUAUGGUGAAAUGCAGCUAACAUACCAGUUCUGUCUAAAUCAGUAUUCUAUAAAUCUAUAAAUUUAUGAUGCUUAUUUUCUGCUGCCAACUUUUGUGUCAUGUACAUGUGUUCAUGUGUUAUGACUUGUUUAUUUCCUUUAGGUUGUGCUUAAAAAAUGAAUAGAGUUACUUUCCCUCCCUGCCCCCAGUAGAUCAACUGAAUGUCAAUUUUGGUUUUGGUGGAUCAUGUUACUUGUUGAUCAUUUUUAUUUAUUCUUGAAGCAAACCAGGGAACAAUCAGUAUUUUAGGUCUUUUUUUUUUUUUUUUUUUUUUUUUUUCCCCAGACUGAUUUAUAAGAUGUGCCUACCAAGCUGUUUUCUACCCUGGCAGACGUUGUAUAACUCUAAAGUGUUGCCAAUUAAAGUCAUAACAUACCAAAUUAAGUCUUUUUACAGACUUUCCACAGCAGCUUGUUUACAAACUCCAAAGCUAUUAUUCUUUAGAAAUUACAUAUUUAUUUAUUUAAAUAUUCUGUCUGUUUGGCUACUGCAGUUUCAGGCAAAUGUUUAUAUCGGUUGUGAACAUGAAUUGCAAUGUAACACAUCUUUUGAAGGACCAAAAAUGUUUCUAGAACAGGAGGUAAUCAAAAGAUUAUACACAUGAUGUAGCCUCUGGCUAUAUUAAGAAUGCAAGAGUAAGUGUUAAAAUUUGGUUCUUAAAAUAUUUUUACAAAAUAAUGUAUUCUUCUCUAACAAACACAACAUGUAAAUAUUAAAUUUUUAUCACAACGUACACAGAAUAUUUUGAAAGUGCAAUAUAAUUUGACUGCUCUGAGGCUAAGACAGAGAUUAAAGCAAUUUAUAUUGAAUAAACGCAUUUUUUUCUACUGCAUCACAAUAUCAAGGUUCUGAAAUGCUCGUGGACCGGAGUUACUGUAGUUUAAUUCAGAGUGCCUUUUGAAGUUACCAUCAUGUUUUUGACCAGCAAAGUAUCAAACUCUACUGUAGGACACAAUAUGUUUCAAUGUACUUUGGUGUCUGAAUUUAUUUUAAUGUAACUCUUUGCUUUUCAGAGGGUUGCAGUGGAACUUUGUCAGGCAUUGACUUUAAUGGAAGUUCUUGUGUUUAUAGCUCCAUCCAGUUCCUGAAAACAGUAAAGAAUAUUGCAACCAACUACUGAGCUGAGUGACUACUGAAAUGGUGUAAAAAAUAGUUCCUUUUGGAUACUUAUGUUUAGAUUGGAUAUUAAAUACUAAAUACUGAAACUGUCAUAUUUUUGUCAUUCAUAAGAUAUGUAACUACUGUAUAAAGAGUCUACAUAAAAUUGCUUUGAUGGAAGCCUUAAAUCUGAUGGCGCUUUUCAAUUUGUUUUUAAUUAUUUGGUGAUGAAACUUCUGUUGCCUUUUUAACUCUCAUGAGAAAUUCUGGUAAAUGUUUCUUGACAGUGAAUUGCGGAGUUUUUACUAGUCUACUGCUAGUUUAAAAACAAAACACAGAAAUAACUUUCAUGCAGUGAGAAACUGGUAUUCCAAGAUGUGUGUUUUUUUUUUUUUUUUUUUUUUUUUUUUUUCUUCUCCUCCCGUGUCAGAUGAAAAUGUUGAGAUCUGUAAUAGAAUAGAAAGUUUUGGAAAGCAUUUCCAUUAAGAUGUUUUGUCCCAGGAUUUCUUACCAAGUAAUUAAACAUUCCUGAUCUCAA